AUGACCAACAACUUAACAAAACUAAUCCCAGCUACUUCCACGACUCCUGGAAGGCAGGAUUCUGGAGUGACCCAUUCAGACCUGCAUUGCCAUGGACACAAGCCCCAUGCUAGGAGUGUCAACAAACAGGCGAAGGAAGGAGAACACCUGGCAACAGAAAAGAUUUGUCCUCCUAAGCCCCUCUCUCUGUUUUUUUUCCACUGGAUAGCCUCAGCCUUUUGGUCUUUCCCUGUUACGGCUGAAUGUUUUGGCAGGAACCAAAGCAGCAGCAGUGGAAGUGUCUCCAUGGCCCAAGAGGAUGGAGAGGCAGUGAUGGCCAACCACAGAAGUGAUGCAGAGAUGGGCAAAGAUACAGAAGAUCUGAUAAAAGGCAUGCAGACACCCUGUGGGAGCCCUGAGGAGAAGAGAGAGAAGGCUCUGCUACGGGCACGCCUGGAAGAGCAGCAUCGCCUUAUCUGUAUCCUGAAGAAAAAAACAGAUGAUGCACGCAAACGCUACAAGAGCCUGGAGCAGGUUAAUGUGGAACUGGAGAAACUGAGGCUAGAGGAUGCUGUGAAACUAAAAACCCAAAGCCAGCGGAUUCAGUACUUGGAGAAUUUGGCCAACAACCAUGAAAAAAUGAUCUACUCCAAGGACGAGCACAAGAAACAGAACACACAGCUGAAGGAGGAAAACCAGCACAUGCAGAAGGAGAACGAAACCCUCCUCAGCCAAGCAGUGAAGGACAAGGAGGCUGAAAUGCUCCAGCUUGCUGCCCAGGCCAGAGAGCUCUCACAGCAGCUGGGUGCUCUACAUGAGAAAUGUGCUUGUGAGAGAUCGAGGGCACAGCAGCUAGAAAAGGAGCUCCUGGAAGCUCAGAGCCAGCAAGCACAUGCCUGUAUCUUGCAGGUUGACUCGCUAAGACAACAGCUGCAGCGCCUACAGGAGGAGCACCAACAAAUGGUGGAACAGCUAGAGCAUGGAGAAAGCCAGCAGAAGGCUCACGAUGCCGAGCUGCAGGCCAAGCUGGAGAGGGCAAAUGAGGAGAAAGAGCAGCUGCUGAGCCUGGCCAGAGAAAGGGGCAAAGCUCUACAAGAAAAGCAACAGGAAAUUCUACAACUGGGAAGGAAGCUGGAGAUGGCAGAAAGAGCCAAAUGGAGAGCAGAGAGGAACAUUGUUAAAGAAGUGGCAGCAAACUAUGAUCUGAAGCUCCAAGAGCUCCAGCAAGAGCUGAAAAGCAGCCAGCAGGCAUACAGCGAGCUCUCACUGCAGUUUGAUGCUUACAAAAAGCACAGUAUGGAUUUACUGUCCAAAGAAAAAGCACUGAAUGUCAAACUCCGUCACUUUAAGGCAUAAAACGUCAGCUUUCUGCUCGGUUCUUAGCAGGUGCCUCUACUGUACCACUCCACUGAUUUCUGUUCCUGUUCGUGCAGCCAUCUUCUAGCAGAUCUCUGUAAUGUACUUACAAGCUUAAAUCCUUCUGCAAGAACUGGUCUGGAGCCUUUAA